CCUUUCUCCAGAUUGAUCUCUGCUGUUUUGCCUUAAAAACAAAACUAAAAUGCUCUUAAAAGUUUGCUCAGCCUUAUGUGGGGACUCUCCUAAUCAGAACAAUCAAGAAAAUGAACUACUGUAGCAUGUUCUCCCUGUAAAAGUGAUUAGGAGUGCAAUCUGCAACUUCCUGUCCAGAGCUGCCUUUUCUUCUUCCCCUAUUCUUGACCCAGUCGGACACAAGGAGCUGGUGACCAAAGACUGCAGCAGCAGAAACUACUGUGGAGCCAGUCCUACAGCAAAGGUAGGCGUUAGCUGGGGCAGGAGAUUGGGGUUGAGGGCUCCUACAUGAGACAUAUAAGCUUAUAGCCAGGAUUUGGAGAGGGAAAAUAGGAAGUAUUGAGUGGGGUGGAUGGGGAGAAAAGCAAUUCAUCCUUUUUGUGAAUUAUUCAUAGUUGGGGAAUAAGAAUAAGAGAGAUCUUAUCUAGAAGGAGUUUGCUCACAUUUUUGAAAAAUCUGAAGAAGGGAGAGCUGCUAAGGAAAGCAAAAAGCCACCAAAUGCCCCCCCCCCCCUAAUAAAAACCAAUAAGGAUCAAGUUUCCAAAGGGGUAGCUGUGCUUGCUGUUCUUGCUCCAGCAAGGACUAAGAGCCACUUUAAAGACGAACAAAAGUAUGCUGGUAUAAGCAUUCAUGGACUACAGUUCACUUCAUCAAAUGCAUGGUAUGGUUAUCUGUGGAAUCCAACUAUAGUCCAUGAAAGUUGAUGCCCAGACAAAUGUGUCAGCCUUUAAGGUGCCACAAGACUCUUUGUUUUUAAUAAAAAUCAGUAACUUACAAGGCACAGGCUUAUAUUGUGUGAGACAUACUCUGGAAACUAAAACUGCUAUAUCAGGGACUACAAAUCAUGACCACUCUUGUCAACUCACUUUUUAAUCAUUAAAACAGUGUGCUUUGAUACUAUUAUAGUGAAGUUCUAAUAUUUUGUCUGAUACUGUCUGCCUACUAAAAAUGUAAUAAAAUAAGGAUGUGGAUGCACAGCCCUAAUAACCACACAGUCAUUGACUAUGGAUAUGUGCCUUGCUUCAACGACUGCAGUUUUAAUAGGUCCAUAGCGCUAAAAAAAAGUAGUCCCCAGACCUGUAAGACAAGGAAACUCUUAAAUUUCUGAAGAAAUCCAGGUUCUGAGCCCUCACGGUUGUGAAUAAAUAUAACAAAUGGUUACAAGAGUGCCACUGUCAAAACUCAUAAGCAACCAAAUGGUCUGUACAUAUUCUUUUUUUAUAUAUUCCAUCAUGUUUGGGUUGGGGCUUUCAUUAUUACUGACUACAAUUGCCACUGCUGCAUGGCUGACACAUUGGUUAUACUGUAAUUGCAACAUCGCACACGUCAUAAAAAUAUACAAGAGACAAAAAUGGUGUCCACUCACAAAUUUUCCCCUACCACAAAGGGAACCACAUCAUUUGCAAUGGAAAAAAAAAAGCAACUAAGCUCAAGUCAUUAUAGAAAAGGAUUUAUACACUGAACCACCACAACCAACAAAAAGCCCUUCAAGCUACAGCUAGGAUUAUCGUAGCAAGCCGGGGGAACUGACCAUUAGAAGUGCACCCUGGGGGCGAGGGGAAGCCCCUGUCUCACUGGAGCUUAAUGUAAUUUCCUGAGACUGCCGCUGCAUGGAUGGGGAGCGCAUCCAAUUCCCUUGCACUGGGCUUCUUUAAAGUUCUGACUAAUGCAGACAUGGUUACUGAUCCCUCGAGUUGGGGGAAACGCAAUGGCAGCCCCACUCCUCAUCCUGGCGAUGUGCAUCCAUGUAAGCAAGCGGAACAGGACAGCGCAGAACUAGCCCGACCAGGGAGGUCCUUGAUCCUGUAGAGAUAAGUUUGUUCCAAGAGUAUAGAGAAAGCCAGGCCCCCAUUGAGAUGGGAAGGUGGCUGCCUCGAUUUCUAGACAUCAUUAAAGAGUGGCAACAGGCAGUGGCGUAGCGUGGGGGGUGCAGGGGGGGCCGGCCGCACUGGGCGCAACAUCUGGGGGUUAGGGUUAGGGGGCGCAAAUCCAUGGGUUAGGGGCGCAAAUUACUUGCCUUGCCCCGGGUGCUGACAACCCACGCUACGCCACUGGCAACAGGCAAGGUAGUAUUAUUCAAUUAAUGUGUGUGCACACAUGCAGAGGCCGUGGAGCCACUUGGAUUUUAUGGCACAGGGCAAAGAUGUCUUUUGCUGCACCCAUGAAGCAGGGAAGAGCCCUCGUGUUCUUUAAUCCUGUACAAGGAAUAAGGGGUAAAGCGAAGAAGGCUGAGAUUGCUUAGCACAAAAAAUCUCCAGGGUGGCCACUGGUUUUGUCACCAUUUUGUGGGAGGGAUUAAAUCACAUACGAGAAAUUUAGGUCUGCACAAUUGCAACUGGGUGCAAUUAACUCACUUCUUUGAAAAAAGAAACCCGGAUAUUUCCCAGUUAGGAAAGUGACAGACACUAAAAAUUUGGGAUAACCAUCGAUUCAUGGAAGUUGUACAACAUCCCCAUAAAAAAAUUAGAACAGAAUUCCACCCACCACCCAAUUACUGGAGAACGGGAAGACAACUAUUCCCACUUCUUAGGGUAUAAUUAAAUGAAUUAUACAAGAGGACACCAACCUGUUGGUCAAGGGCCUUCCACAAGUUUUGGGUUCCUGCCCCUUGUGGUCCCACCCUCUCAUCCUCCAGGUGUUAACAUCAUCUGAGUUUGCACACUUUUUCUUGAUCUUCCAUCAAGUGCAGCAAUACAAAAAGAGGCUUAUUUCGACCUUACCUGACAAAUGAAUUUCACUGCGUACAAGCAACAAACCAAGCGUUAAAGCUUUCCCUGGACUGCGCGAUUUUAGGCUCCAGGUGAAGGGUUGAAUAUUUGAGCUCUCUCCCAUCUUAAAUAAAUUCACCUUCCUGCAUGAAGGAAAUGCUUCCACCUGUAGCCUGAAGCAGUUUAGCCCCCCCCCCCCCCAAUAUCUUGCUACUGUACUUGACUCUGCUGAACGUAUGAACUAUCCCUAGCAGGGUUAGCCCCAGAUACGUUGCUGCUUGGAAGUGGGACACCUAAGCACCACUUCUUCCCACUAAUAAACAAACAGGAGGCGUAAGUCACUAGGAAGUUCUUCUGCACAAGUGUGAAUAAAAUUAAUGGGAGCGACGCAAGAGCCCAAGGAUGCCCCUGCAAAGCUCCCAUGCAUUUCAGCAGCAGCUUGUGCGGGAUAAUUUCCCACUGACUGUGGCCUGAUCUCUGAGGCUGCAACUCUCCUCAUUUAGAACAGCAUCUAAGAAAUUCGGUUUGUUUGCAUUUUUCAGGCUUUUCCUCCUUUCUUUUCUUUUUUAAAGAACAUGCCUCCAUUCAUGGCUAAUGAGAGUUUCUACGAAUCUGAGGACUCCUUCACGGUACAACAUAUGGAUUCCGCGUCUAUUGGAUCUCUGGUCAUCUUCUCCAUCACCUUUCUCCUGGGCCUCCCUGGAAAUGGCUUGGUAAUCUGGGUCAUUGCUCUGAAAAUGAAGCGAACGGUGAACACGGUUUGGUUUCUGCACCUUGCCGUGGCUGACUUUGUGUGCUGCCUGUCCCUGCCUUUCUCCAUUGUCCACCUGGCGCUGCAUCAGCAGUGGCCUUUCGGGUGGUUUUUCUGCAAGAUUAUCCCGUCUGCCAUCAUCUUCAACAUGUUUGCCAGUGUCUUCCUCCUCACCACCAUCAGCAUCGACAGGUGUCUUGUGGUGAUGAAGCCUGUCUGGUGUCAGAAUCACCGGACAGUAAGGUUCGCAUCCGUGGUCUGUGGCGUUACCUGGUUCCUAGCUUUCAUUAUGUGUUUUCCUGCUUUCUUCUAUCGCGAAAUCUCCAUUGAUGAAUCGGGCAAUGCCAGGUGUGUCUACAAUUGGCACGGUGAGGAAUAUGAGGAAGGAUGGCCAGAUUAUUUGUUUCCCAGCAAUGAAGAGUUUUCUAGUCAACGCCCUGCCUUUGUGGCUAGUAACUAUGAAGAUAUUUUCACAGACGGAAUUUUGGAUGUGUAUUCUGAGUACCAUAUUCUUAAUACAGACAAAAGCAAGGCUUGGUAUUCCAGCACACCAAGCACUCUUGGCACUAAUAGAGAUACAGAUUCAUUGACGGUGGAAGUCACCAGCCCAAAAUACGUGUCACACGAAUCUUCCCACCCAGCUACUGCCAUAUCCAAUGUUAUUUAUUCCGAUCUUUCCGACUAUUUUCUUUUUGGCAAUUACUCUGGCAACCUCCUGAUUAGCAAUGACUCGAUGGCAAUGCCUUUUUAUGAUGAGCUGCCAAGCGUUCUUGUGUCCAUUACUGUCACCCGAAGCAUCUUUGGUUUCCUCCUCCCCUUCGGAAUCAUGACUGCCUGUUACUUCCUUAUUGCCCUCAAGAUGCUCAGAAACCAAUUUGCAAAGUCCCGUGUGAAGGCUUUGCGGGUGAUCCUGCUUGUGAUAGUCACUUUCUUUCUCUGUUGGGCUCCUUAUCAUGUCAUUGGGGUACUGUAUCUCCUGGCUAACCCCAGCACAGCACUUUAUGAAACAAUAGCUUUGUGGAACCAUGUUUCCACAGCAUUGGCCUAUGCCAACAGCUGCAUCAACCCACUUCUUUAUGUGUUUGUGGGGAAAAAAUUCAGGGAAAAAGCACGCCAGACAGUGCAAGGGAUUUUGGAAGGGGCGUUCAGUGAGGAAAGAACAUGCUCCACUGCCUUCUCCCAGGACAGAAGCAAGUCUACAGUUGACCAUAUUGAUGUUUCCGCCCUCUAAAAUGGAGCUUCCAGGCAAAUAAACUGUCCUUGCUACUGUGGGUUCUUGAUUGGCACAGAUGUGGCCACUUUGAAUUAGUAUCUGGAGCUCUUGCAUAUACAGAGAGCAGCCACACCUUGUGAAUCCCCUUUGUGCUGCGGUGUGAGGGAGUCAAGUGAAGUUCUGGGUUACACCACAGAAGGGAGAUGGGGACAACUGCCUAUCUUUGCAACAUGUGUGGUGGUGGUGGUAUCCAAAUUUGUCAAAAAUUUCCUAACACUGCAGAUGUGCCCUACAGUAUUACUUCACUUGUUAUAUACUGUUUUCCCUGUUGAUGAAAGUAGCAUAGCCAUGUAUGACAAGCCAGAAUAAGCUUUAGCGGUGACACAGAAAUCUUGCAAGAAGUGUCAGCAGCUUUCUUUUGUAAGUGGUCUGCGUUCACCAAACACUGUCAAAGAAAACUGGAGGCAGUGCUUAAUUUCUAAAAGCAAAGCAGGGAAGAGGUAGACAAGGGCUGAGCCUACGUUCUGCAAGCAGAUCUAGGAGGAAAGCCCCUUCCCUUAACUUUAGGUGGGAAUGGCUGCUCAACAGAAAGGAAAAGGUACGGUCAAAGGAGUGGUGGUGGUGGUCAACAGGCAUGGCUAGAACCUACAGAACCAAGCCAAAUAGUACCUGCAGACUUGAGUAUCAGCUAUGAGUAUCCUGUCCAUUUUCAGGGCUACUGGAGACUCCAUUCAAAAUAUGCUUAUUUCCAGAGCAUACCUUAGGGGCUGCCUAGUUAAUGAAUUCUCUCCCUCUGCAAAUUCACCCAACCUGGGCACCUUUCCAGAAGCACUGUAAGGCCUACAUUUUAGUACUAGCACUGGGAGAGUGAGUUAAGAGAAGUGGGGUACAAUUUAUUCUGUUCAGCUGCAGAUGCAUUGCUUUUGUCCCAGUUUUUUGCUGUUACGUAUUUGGAUUGGGGUAGGUUGCACACAUGUACUAAUAAAUAAGUUGCUUUUAACCCUCUGAAUUAAAACAGGCUUGAUUUUUCCCUCAUCACAUUUAUCCUAUGGUUACUCUCCCUUCCUAGCAACACUAGGUGGCUUUAAUUUGGAACCGCUUAGUCCUUCUGCCUCAUACCGGGGGGUGGGGGGUGGGGAGUGUGAGAGAAACCAACUAGGGUGACAGAGAGCCUGAGCAGCCAGGAAGCAGCCUGGCUCUAUCAGUCUCUAGGCAUCUCAAUAGCAGAACCCUUACAGGCAGUUUACACCAAAAGCCAGAUCAGAAAACCCAAUAAAGACUAGGACCCUGCGUUGCUCUUAGUCUUCUCUCUCUCUAUGGGAUGGGAGGUUGUUUUUCUUUUCCAUCCACAGGUAGAGGUAGGAGGAAGUGGUCUCCUUUCCAUCUUCUCUUGAAAGCAUUUGACAGCAGCCAACAGAGCAACCUCAUGAUUCCUUGUUGGCGAGAAACUUUCUCCUUUCCUUGACAAAUUAAGGGAA